CUUUCUUCUCUUCCACUUUCCCACAGUCACAAGACAACAACAACAAACAAAGUCCCAACUCUCACUCCAAAUUCUGAGAUUUGAUCAUUUACCAUUAAGCGAGAGAGCGAGAGAGAGAUCGAUACUACAAUGGCGUAUCUUGCUGCUACUGGAGUUCUUAAAGUACCUGCUUCUUCCAGUUUCACCGGCUGCAAAUCCACUGAUUCUGUUCCGACGCCGACGAGGAGUACUCUUUCUUUCUCCUCAUCUGUUGAAGACAAUGUUUCAUCACUCAGAGCCGCCGUCUCCAGUCGCUGCGCCGGACGAGAGACGAGAACUCCGACGAUCGUUUCUCCUAAAGCCGUCUCUGAUUCUCAGAACUCUCAAACUUGUCUCGAUCCUGACGCUAGCAGCAGUGUUUUGGGGAUAAUCUUAGGAGGUGGUGCUGGGACUCGUCUUUAUCCACUUACGAAGAAGAGAGCGAAGCCAGCUGUUCCUCUUGGUGCUAACUAUAGGCUAAUUGAUAUCCCUGUUAGCAACUGUUUGAAUAGCAACAUUUCCAAGAUCUAUGUUCUUACUCAGUUCAAUUCCGCGUCUUUGAAUCGUCAUCUUUCUCGUGCGUAUGCGAGUAACAUGGGAGGUUACAAGAAUGAAGGUUUUGUUGAAGUUCUUGCUGCUCAGCAAAGUCCUGAGAAUCCUAAUUGGUUUCAGGGAACAGCUGAUGCGGUGAGGCAGUAUUUGUGGUUGUUUGAGGAGCACAAUGUUCUGGAGUACCUGAUUCUUGCUGGUGACCAUUUGUAUCGUAUGGAUUACGAGAAGUUUAUUCAAGCACAUAGGGAGACUGAUGCUGAUAUUACAGUAGCUGCAUUACCAAUGGAUGAGGCACGAGCGACUGCUUUUGGGCUGAUGAAGAUUGAUGAGGAAGGACGUAUAGUUGAAUUUGCCGAAAAGCCUAAGGGGGAGCAACUAAAGGCUAUGAAGGUUGACACAACGAUUCUAGGUCUUGACGAUGAGAGAGCCAAGGAGAUGCCUUACAUUGCUAGUAUGGGUAUUUAUGUUGUAAGCAGAGAUGUAAUGCUCGAGUUACUACGGAACAAGUUUCCUGGAGCUAAUGACUUUGGAAGUGAAGUCAUUCCCGGUGCCACUUCCCUUGGACUGAGAGUGCAAGCUUACCUAUAUGAUGGAUACUGGGAAGACAUCGGUACCAUAGAAGCAUUCUAUAACGCAAAUCUCGGAAUCACCAAGAAACCAGUUCCUGACUUUAGUUUCUAUGAUCGUUCCGCUCCCAUCUACACACAGCCACGUUAUUUACCACCUUCUAAGAUGCUUGAUGCUGAUGUCACAGACAGUGUCAUCGGAGAGGGCUGUGUUAUCAAGAACUGCAAAAUUCACCAUUCUGUGGUUGGACUCCGAUCAUGCAUAUCAGAAGGUGCUAUUAUUGAAGAUUCAUUAUUAAUGGGAGCUGACUAUUACGAGACUGCUUCGGAAAAGAGCAUCCUAAGCGCGAAAGGAAGUGUACCCAUAGGUAUCGGGAAAAAUUCGCACAUCAAAAGGGCCAUCAUUGACAAAAAUGCACGUAUUGGUGACAAUGUCAAGAUCAUAAACAGCGAUAACGUGCAAGAGGCAGCAAGAGAGACUGAAGGAUAUUUCAUAAAGAGCGGAAUUGUAACCGUUAUCAAAGACGCCUUAAUCCCAGCCGGCACUGUCAUCUAAGUACACGUACAAUACAUCCUUUGUUUAUUUAUCUUUCUUCCCUUAAACACAAGCAGAGAAACACACUUUGAUAUAAUGUAUACCCCUAUCAAUAAGUUUCCUUUAUGGCUUUUAAGCCUCGAUAAUUCUACCACUAGUUGUUCUGCUGU